GGACCGUUUGCCCCAUAUUCCUCCAUAACAACAGAACACCUUGACCCUUUUUUUUCUCCAACUUUUCUCCCCACAAUCUGCCCAAGCUCGAUCCAAACCAGGUUCUGACCAACGAUCUAGAUUUUCACGACCGUUACGACCACAUACCCUCAAGAUGGCUGAGACUUUCGAGUUCCAGGCUGAGAUCUCUCAGCUGCUCUCUCUCAUCAUCAACACUGUCUACUCCAACAAGGAAAUUUUCCUCCGAGAACUUGUCUCCAACGCCUCCGAUGCCCUCGACAAGAUCCGCUAUGAGGCCCUGUCGGACCCCAGCAAGCUGGACUCCUGCAAGGACCUGCGGAUCGACAUCAUCCCGGACAAGGAGAACAAGACCCUCACCAUCCGGGAUACCGGCAUUGGCAUGACCAAGGCCGAUCUCGUCAACAACCUGGGUACCAUUGCCCGCUCCGGUACCAAGCAGUUCAUGGAGGCUCUCACCGCCGGUGCCGAUAUCUCCAUGAUCGGCCAGUUCGGUGUCGGUUUCUACUCCGCCUACCUUGUCGCCGACAAGGUCAAGUUCAUCUCCAAGCACAACGAUGAUGAGCAGUAUGUCUGGGAGUCCAGCGCUGGCGGUACCUUCAGCAUCCACCCCGACACUGAGGGCGAGCCUCUGGGCCGUGGUAGCAAGAUCAUCCUCCACCUGAAGGAUGAGCAGCUUGACUACCUGAACGAGAGCAAGAUCAAGGAGGUCAUCAAGAAGCACUCCGAGUUCAUCUCGUACCCCAUCUACCUCCACGUCCUGAAGGAGACUGAGAAGGAGGUCCCUGACGAGGAGGCCGAGGAGACCACCGAGGAGGGCGACGACAAGAAGCCCAAGAUCGAGGAGGUCGACGAUGAGGACGAAGAGGCCGAGAAGAAGAAGAAGACCAAGAAGGUCAAGGAGACCAAGAUCGAGGAGGAGGAGCUCAACAAGCAGAAGCCCAUCUGGACCCGGAACCCCCAGGACAUCAGCCAGGAGGAGUAUGCCGCCUUCUACAAGUCGCUCUCCAACGACUGGGAGGAUCACCUUGGCGUCAAGCACUUCUCCGUUGAGGGUCAGCUCGAGUUCCGGGCCAUCCUCUACGUCCCCAAGCGGGCUCCCUUCGAUCUCUUCGAGACCAAGAAGACCAAGAACAACAUCAAGCUCUAUGUCCGCCGCGUCUUCAUCACCGACGACGCCACCGAUCUCGUCCCCGAGUGGCUGAGCUUCGUCAAGGGUGUCGUCGAUUCUGAGGAUCUUCCUCUCAACCUGUCUCGUGAGACCCUCCAGCAGAACAAGAUCAUGAAGGUUAUCAAGAAGAACAUUGUCAAGAAGUCGCUUGAGCUCUUCAAUGAGAUCGCCGAGGACAAGGAGCAGUUCGACAAGUUCUACAGCGCCUUCUCCAAGAACCUCAAGCUGGGCAUCCACGAGGACUCUCAGAACCGCCCCGUCCUUGCCAAGCUCCUCCGCUUCAACUCGACCAAGUCCGGCGAUGAGCAGACCUCGCUCACCGACUACGUCACCCGCAUGCCCGAGCACCAGAAGAACGUGUACUACAUCACCGGCGAGUCCAUCAAGGCCGUCUCCCAGUCACCCUUCCUUGACUCGCUCAAGGCCAAGGAUUUCGAGGUCCUGUUCCUGGUCGACCCCAUUGAUGAGUAUGCCAUGACCCAGCUCAAGGAGUUCGAGGGCAAGAAGCUCGUCGACAUCACCAAGGACUUCGAGCUUGAGGAGACCGAGGAGGAGAAGACAGCCCGCGAGGCCGAGGAGAAGGAGUACGAGGAUGUCGCUAAGGCUCUCAAGAACAUCCUCGGCGACAAGGUCGAGAAGGUCGUCGUCUCUCACAAGCUUGUGGGUGCGCCUUGCGCUAUCCGCACCGGUCAGUUCGGCUGGUCGGCCAACAUGGAGCGUAUCAUGAAGGCUCAGGCUCUCCGUGACACCUCGAUGAGCAGCUACAUGUCGUCUAAGAAGACCUUUGAGAUCUCUCCCAAGAGCGCCAUCAUCAAGGAGCUCAAGAAGAAGGUCGAGGCCGACGGUGAGAACGACAAGACGGUUAAGUCCAUUGUCCAGCUCCUGUUCGAGACCUCGCUGCUCGUCUCCGGCUUCACCAUUGAGGAGCCCGCCAGCUUCGCCGAGCGCAUCCACAAGCUGGUUUCCCUCGGCCUGAACCUCGACGAGGAGCCCGAGGCUGCCGCGGAGGCUCCUGCCGCUGCUGCCGAUGCCCCGGCGGCUGAGACCGGUGACAGCGCCAUGGAGGAGGUCGACUAAGCGGUUCGCGUGGUUUAAGCGAUUGGGAUUAGAGGAGAGUAAAAAGUGCUUUGGAGUGGAGUUGGAAGGUUCUAGGCUUCGGUACU